GAUGGGGGAGCGGGGCCGGGCGGCGUCGGCGGCGUCGGGGGGCGGCCGCAGGCUCCGCCUCCUGCCCGGGCUCCUGCUCCUGGCCCUGCUGCUGUGCGUUCAGCGCGGCGGGGGACAGAAGAAGAAGGAGAACCUUUUAGCCGAAAAAGUGGAGCAGCUGAUGGAGUGGAGCUCGAGACGGUCCGUCAUCCGCAUGAACGGAGACAAGUUCCGAAGGUUCCUGAAGGCCCCGCCCCGCAACUAUUCCGUGAUCGUCAUGUUCACCGCGCUGCAGCCUCAGAGACAGUGCUCCGUCUGCAGGCAGGCGAACGAAGAGUACCAGGUGCUGGCUAACUCGUGGCGCUAUUCGUCCGCCUUUUCCAACAGGCUGUUCUUCACGAUAGUGGACUACGACGAGGGGGCCGAUGUUUUCCAACAGCUGAACAUGAACUCCGCUCCCACCUUCAUGCACUUCCCCCCGAAAGGCAAGCCCAAGAGAGCCGACACCUUUGACCUGCAGAGAAUCGGCUUCGCGGCGGAGCAGAUGGCGAAAUGGAUCGCCGACAGAACGGACGUUCACAUCCGGGUCUUUCGCCCCCCUAACUACUCCGGCACUAUCGCCCUGGCCCUCCUCGUGUCCCUCGUGGGCGGCUUACUCUACCUGAGGAGGAACAACUUGGAAUUCGUCUACAACAAGACGGGAUGGGCCAUGGCAGCUCUGUGCGUGGUGUUCGCCAUGACUUCGGGCCAGAUGUGGAAUCAUAUCCGCGGACCCCCGUAUGCCCACAAGAACCCCCAGAACGGACAGGUGAGUUACAUACACGGGAGCAGUCAGGCUCAAUUUGUGGCAGAAUCUCACAUUAUCCUGCUGCUGAAUGCUGCUAUCACCAUGGGGAUGGUUCUCCUAAACGAAGCUGCAACCUCCAAAGGGGAUGUUGGAAAAAGGAGAAUCAUUUGCCUGGUGGGACUUGGACUCGUGGUGUUCUUCUUUAGUUUUCUGCUGUCAAUAUUUCGCUCCAAAUACCACGGCUACCCUUACAGCUUCUUAAUUAAAUGAAGGCAAGAGGGAUUUGCAUACGAAAGAUGUUCUCCCCGAAGAUAAACUGUUCCCGAUCCCAUCUCCUCUCGAACGUCGUAUUUAUUUAUUCCCAAUCCCCGAAUUGUUCCGACUGGUGAUUGUGAGAUGUUCAGGGUGGCUCGUUAAGUAACUGGGAGUUUUCUUGAAACGGUGAAAACCGUUCACAGUUUAAUUUAUAGACAUUCAUGUGUAGAUUUUUUAAAAGUCCGUACGGAGGAGCAUUAGUUCGUUACGGUCUACUCAGUUGUGUACGACUUGAAUUGCAAUAUCGUCAUGAAUUCGCUUUAUACGAUGGAUAGAGGAAACCAAAUGCUAGUAAGAGAAACUAAGACUUUAUGCUGAUCCAUUGUAUUUAGAGGGUUCUUAGCCUGGACAGGCAAACUUAGUAAUAUGCAUGACUUCUGUAAUAGACUCCUGGUUUGGAAAUGUGUUUGUUAUUUUGAUCUAUGCUGGUUGCUUUUGACGGUUAAAGUCAUCUUGUCUACUUGCUUGUUCUCCCCAGUAGACUAGACUCCUUAAGAGGAAGGACGACAUUUAUUUUUUACUUUCUCCGUACAGCCCUUAAGCUCUUAGGGCAGUUCUCGGUGCAUAGCAACUGAUCGGUAAAUUCUGUCGAUGCUGAUAAUGACUACGGGAUCAGUAAUAAAGAGUAGAAUUACAAA